AAGAAGUGCGUGAAAACUUUUGUGAUCGGUCGAGAGUGUUAUUUCGUGUGAUUAGUUUUCCAAUUUUGUGGCGUUUUUAUUUAUUUUACCAUCCACUAGUUUAAUCUUGGUGCCCCAGAAAUGUUUUAGCAUUCUGGAACUAGUCGAACUAAACAAAAAUAUUCCCCGGCGGAGAAUAGAUAGUGCAGAAAAUAGGCUCCGGCAUUUGGCAUUCGAAAUCAGUGUUCAACAUUUUGGGCGGAAGUUUGAAAAUGUCGGAGGAAGCUAACAGCAUCGACGAAUUAGCGAAGGAACCUUGUUCUCCGGAACAAAAUGAGUCGGACUCACCAGACGAUGAUGAUCUUGAUGUGCCAGAUCCGGAAUGUAAGAAAAAAGAAGCGACUGAAGAAAGCCAAGUCGAGUGUACCGGGGAGGAAGAGGCCUCAUUGGAUGGCGAGGAAAAGAAUAUGAUAACAGAAAAUAGUCCAGAGGAAUGCCCUGCCGAUGGUCAAUCCAUAGAACUUCAUGCUAAAGAGGAAAAUGAUUGCGCUAACAAGGAUAAGAAAAACGACGAAUUGUAUGAUAAAUUAAGUAGCAGCAGUCCAGAGCCGGGUGAACUGCCGGAUGAUGAUGACCUAACUGGAGAAAACACCAAGAAUAUUAAAAAGGAAACCCGGAAUGGAAGUGAUACGGAAAACCAUUUCGAGGAAGUGAAACUUGUCAAGACACGCAAUACAACAGAGGACGACAUACCGAAAAUCAAGAAAGAACAGAACGAUUCGGAACGGGUUAAACGGGAAGCCAACUCUGUGGAUGACAGCUGGGAAGAAGAAACCAAAAGUCCUAAUGUGAAACAAGAAUUUUAUUCCGAUUUGGAGGAUGAUAUUCCUCCAAAAACUCCCGAAUUAAAACCGCUCGAUAAAGAACCCGAACCGUCGAAGAAGCUAGCAAGUAUUUUUGAGAAAAAAAUAAAAAAGGAAGACGGCAGUUCCGAGGGAAUAUUGCAAGAAAAGCUGAAGCAGUACUUCGGUCACAAUGAUUUCAAGAGCGCAUUGCAGAAGGAAGCGAUACAAACUAUUAUAACAAGAACCCGAGAUGUGUACGUUUCGAUGCCAACCGGUUCCGGUAAAUCGCUGUGCUUCCAGUUGCCCGGCGUCAUGCAAGAUAACAAGGUUACCAUCGUCUUUUCGCCCCUGUUGGCCCUGAUCAAGGAUCAACUGGAUACGUUGGCCAAGCUUAAAAUCCCAGCCGAUUCUAUCAAUUCCAAAAUGAGCAACAAAGAUCGCGAUCGCGUCCUGAACGAUCUGAAAAGCAUCCGCACGGAUAUACGCUUCCUGUACAUCACACCUGAACAGGCCAACACAUCCACCUUUAAGGAGCUUAUGAAGAUGCUAGUCAAGAACAAGAAGGUCGCGUACGUCGUCGUCGACGAAGCACAUUGUGUCAGCGAUUGGGGUCACGACUUCCGGCCGGACUAUCUCAAACUUGGUCACUUGCGGUCCGAAUACCCUUCGAUUCCGUGGAUAGCACUAACCGCAACCGCUUCCAAGAAAGUUGUCGUAGAUAUAUUUAAAAAUCUACGUCUAAAAGAGCCCAUUGCAAAAUUUAAAACACCUUGUUUCCGGAAAAAUCUCUACUACGAUGUUGUGUUUAAAAACUCCAUACAGGAUGACUACAUCCAUCUGCGGGAUUACAUUGAAAGUAUUUUACAUAAAGACGAUGCGGAUGUCAAGCCGACUAAGAAAGCAUGCGGUAUCAUCUAUUGCAGAACGCGUGAGACAACCGAACGGGUUGCAAGCAGUUUAUCCAAACUAGGACUGAAGACUGCUGCUUACCACGCUGGGUUGAAACAAUCGGAGCGAGUUGCUGUGCAGGAGGACUGGAUGAAUGGAAAAUAUGCAGCAAUUUCCGCCACCAUAAGCUUUGGCAUGGGUGUAGAUAAAGGCUCGGUGCGUUUUGUCAUUCACUGGGACAUUCCCCAGAGUGUGGCAUCCUACUAUCAGGAAUCGGGUCGAGCAGGUCGCGAUGGAAAGAAAUCUUACUGCCGCGUGUAUCAUUGUCGGGAUCAGUGCAAGUCGAUCGACUUUCUCCUACAACAGGAUUUGCAGAAAGGCAAGGGCACUUCCAAGGAGGAUAAGGCCAAGCUAGCUGUGAAGAAUUUCGAAAAAAUCGUCCAAUAUUGCGAAGCAGCCUAUUGUCGACAUAGGCUCUUUUCAGACUUUUUUGGCGAUGAUCCACCGAACUGCAACAACAUGUGCGAUGUAUGCGCGAAUCCAAAAAAGGUAGAAAAAGCUAUCGAAACAUUUCAAAAGUUGUCAGUGUCUGGAAAGCUAAAAACGAUAAUCGGUUUCGAUGACGAUUGUUCCGAUUUAUACGAAGGCGGCCGCAAAGGCGCUGAAGAUGCUUACGAGGAAGAGGAAGGGAACGAUAGCGACUCCCUACGAGAUAAGCGUGCAAAAAGAGAGACGGAAUUACUGCUUCAAAAACAAUUCGCCCUGAGAAAAGCAUCUGCUGCAAAAGAAUUGGAUAUGCACAAAUCGGUCUCCAUUAGUCGAGUCAAAUUUGCCCUCCAGACCACGGUUAAGGUUAACGGACUAACGAUUUCUUCCCGAGAAAGCAAUCUCACCAUGUUGGCUGAUCUACUUAAGAAGAAUGUUGAAGCAUGCAAAGAGUCCGACCCACCAGAGCAUGAACUGGUUUAUAAGGACUUCGAGGAUAUAGCAGUAGAAAUGGAAUAUGAAUCAUUUACCAGCAACACUGUAGGCAGUCUCUACAGGAGGUCGAUUGUGAAACAUAUUUCUGCUAUCAAAUCGGCCACUUUAUCAGGCAUGUUGUACCCGGACCUAAAAUAUUACGCACCAAAAGCGCGGAAUACUCAUGGCGGUGAAUUCAAAACAAUCGAAGCCGAACUGAAGCGCAAGUAUGGCAACGAAAUUGUUGAUGAACUGCGCGAAGACGAAGAUCGACGAAGCGGGUCACAUCGCGGCGGCACCAGCAACGGUGACCGUCGGCGGGGUGCCGGAAGAUUCCACAAUUCAGCACGAGAUGGAAUGAAUCAAACGUCAAUCAAUUCGUUUUUCUCGAAAAAGGGAGGUUCAAGCAAUAGCACCGGGUCAUCGACACUAGCGACAUUAGAUGAUAAUGACAUGUGGGAUGACGGCGAAUCGGCUGGACCGAGUGUUGCAAUUGAAACUAAAGCAGAGGAAAAGGCCGAGCCGGAUCAGCGGCGGUCACCAUCGGUGGAAAUUGUUUCCAGUGACUAUUCCCAUCGAUCAAAGGAUUCAAAAGACGAUUGGGAUCGUGAAGAGCGCAGGUCUAAGAAAAGGAAAACAAGUAUCAAAUCUAGAGAUGCAUCAAGUGAUCGGUCGCGAACGCCAAGGGAAAAGUCACGUGAAGUAUCACGGGCAAGAUCCAAAGGAAAAUCUCGGCAUCGAUCUAGAGAUAGGUCUAGAUCUCGCGAACGGCAACCGUACCGUGGAGGAAGGUCACGAUCCCGGGAGUAUGAUGAAUGCCGGCGGAAGCAUCGAAAAUCCAGAAGUAGAAAUGAAGAUGAAGACGAAGGUUACAACGAUCGAAGGUCAAGAAAAAAGUAUGCCAGCGAGUACAACGAAAGACCAGCCGUCAAACGACCACCUUCGCCUGAAGAAGAAUACAGCUAUAGCAAUCCGAAACGCGUUUCUCAUUAUGAGCGACCGGCCCCGGUUCCUCAGAUGGACUACAAGCCAUCUUAUGCGGCUGGAAGAAAGUUAAACAGCUAUGAGCAUUCUUCGGGAGCCAAUAGUUCAUUACUGUCGAACGACGACAUGUGGGAUGAUGAUUCUGUCCCACAUAAACAACCGGAAUCAUUGUCGGAUAAACUUUCUGACUAUAUUCCUCCUCCACCUCCCCCACCAACAGCAACCAAAACCCCUCCUCCGCCUCCUCCUGUCAUUGGCGAGUCAGGCUAUUCAGCAGGGUACUACAACCAACAAACCACUCAAUCUGCUGCUUAUCAACCUCCUCUACCGCCAGCGAUUUCACCGCCAAGAGAAAAGGCAUCAUCCAAGAAGAACUACGAUUAUCUGUUCGAUGCCCCAACGGAAAAGCCUACCAGUCAAAACGAACACAAGAAAGCGUCAACUUCAACCUCCAGUACCACUCCAACAACAAUACCAGUGAAAUCUAUAACCGAUGCCCAGUUCACAACAGCCGCCCAAAUUCAUGCCACAUUGCAAAAACUGAACGCUGCAAUGUCCAGUGCAGCACGAAAUGGAGCUCCUUCGUCAUCGUCGUCUUCAACCUCGUCGCUAGCGGCAACCCUCGCAGCACUGAAAAAAUCAUCAUCUGCCACUUCCGCUAGUGUAAACCUAAAUAAUAGCAGCAGUAGCAGUAGCAGCGCGAGCACCUGCAAUGCAACCGGAUCAGCCUCUUCUUCCAGCUCUUCUAUUGCAGCGACUACCAAGCCUACCAAUCCGGAGGUCACCGGCAAAAUACAGAACAUCCAACUGGAGCAGGAAAAAAUUUCCAAGAAAAACCUAGCCGAUGUCGUUAUUCGUUUCCUUAUGCCGUACUACCGCCAACAGAAGAUUAAAACCAAGGAGCUCUUCAAGGGAUUAGCACGAACCAUUUCACACAAGUUCUACGACGUGGAAGUCGUUGUUGAUCGCAAGGUGAAAAAAUAUAUUGACGACCUGAUGGCGCACAAAGGUGUGAUAGCCAGCGAAGCAGAUUUUCCUAAUUAGCACUCAACUCGAGGGUCGAUUAACCCAAGCCCAUGUAAAUAAGUUUCAAAAAGUAGCAAGAACAGGUGAACAUUUACUAGUGAACGAAAACACGACACCGCGUGCUAUUACUUUGUGCAUCUUACUAGUAAGAAUAAAUAUUAGUUGGAUUUCAUUCAAUUUGGUAGGCUACCCGAAAACCUUAUAGACCGUAUCUUGUAGAACAAGAAGUAUAUUUGGACAAACUCAACAUUACUUACCGACCUUAGGAGAACAUUUCAAUAUUUAUUGUUGAUGGAUUUAUUUCUCUUCCCUUGAAAAUAGUUGUAUUAUUUCAUGGUAGUGUAACUGAUUCUGUGGAGAUGAUGUGGUUUGCUUGCUAGAUAACUGACUGCAGUUGACUCGUCAUAGCAAACACCAAGAUAAGAUAGUAGUAGGAAAACAGUCCAGCUACAUGGUUAGCUACAAUAAAAUUGGAUCACUCA